CAAGCUCAGCAUGGUACGCAGCCCCUUCCCAUCCAGCCUAGCUCUGAUGCAUUCUGGUCAGUCACUCUCCAUACCACCCUCGGCGACAUCAAGAUUGAAGUCUUCUGCGAGGCUGUGCCAAAGACCGCAGAGAACUUUCUCGCUCUGUGCGCCCCCGGCUACUACGAUGGGUGCAUAUCUCACCGCAACAUCAAGGGGUUCAUGAUCCAGACAGUGAUCCCACUGGCUCAGGGAAGGGCGGACAGAGCAUCUGGGGACAGCCAUUCGCGGACGAGAUCCGAUCAACGCUCAAGUUCAACAACCGCGGCCUCGUCACCAUGCCAAUGCAGGACCAGACGCAAAUAAGUCUAAUUUUUCAUUACAUACGCUAAGCAACCGCACCUCGACGGGAAGUACACCAUCUUCGGCAAGGUGAUCGACAGCGCAGAUACCACCCUUGAUGCAAUGGAGCGCGCUCCGGUCAACGCGAAGAACAGGCCACCCACGGAGGUCAAGUUCAUAGUGGUGCUGCGG